GCACUCUCGGACGCACCGCGGAACCCGCCCUCCGAGCCCAGGGAGGCGCUGCCGCCGCCGCCGCCACGCCGCCGCCGCCGCCUCGCCGCCCCGCCGCCCCGCCGCCCCGCCGCCGCCUCGGUCAUGCCGAAGCACGAGUUCUCCGUUGACAUGACCUGUGGAGGCUGUGCUGAAGCUGUCUCUCGGGUCCUCAAUAAGCUUGGAGGAGUUAAGUAUGACAUUGACCUGCCCAACAAGAAGGUCUGCAUUGAAUCUGAGCACAGCAUGGACACUCUGCUUGCAACCCUGAAGAAAACAGGAAAGACUGUUUCCUACCUUGGCCUCGAGUAACAGGGACGUGGUCCCCACAGCCAGCAGGAUGGACCAAAGUGGGCUCCUGAUCCUCCCCUGGCUUCCAGACAGACCUGGGGCUUGGCAGUCUUGCUGAACAAUGGUGUUCCUACAGAGACCCUCAGUUGUUCUGUUCCUUUCUAGCUUCCUCGAAAUAAAAUCGAGCUGCUUUUGUUGGGAGAUGUUGUCUUGCCUGGUUUUGGUAUUGCUUGCUCAUGUGUAGUUGGUUAUGUUUACUUGGGUUUGAGUUUUGAGAGUUCCCGCCUGGGAGUCAGACACCCUGUAGAUUCUGACUCUUUGCUGUGUGAUCUUUAGCAAAUCACUUACCCUUUCUGGGCCUCAUUUUUUCCUCACCUGUAAAGUGGAGGCAUUGACCCAGAUCAAUGAUUCCCUUUCUUUUCACCAGUUUCAUAGACUCUGUAUUUUGAAAAAUUUUUGUGUAUCGAGUGAAUUGCACAAAAGGUUAUCAAAUGUUAAGGCAGUGGAAUAGUGGGAAGAGGCUGCUGGAGACAAACUUCUGGGAUAGAGUUGAAGCUCCACUACCUCCCAGCUGGGCCACUUAACCUCUCAGUGUUCACAGACAUAAAAUGUGAUGAUCGCAUCUACUGCAAAUGGUGUUUGUAGGGAGUCAAUGAGGUGAUACAUGUAAAUUUAUUAGAGCAGUGAUUGCUAGUUAAAAAUCACUCGGAUUUGAAGGGAACACUA